GCUGACGUCUAGUGCCACGUCGAUCACCUGACUGCUUUUCAACCUGUUCUUCCCUCUCUCUCCUCCUUCUCCAGCGCCGGCGAUACACUCUCCUUCAACACCUACAACACCUACAAUCACUAUUAGAUUGGGUGAACGCUCGCCGCUCCUUUCACCACUUCAGUUGAGGUCGCGCUCGCCCUCUCCUGCUCCUGGACGCCCACCGGACGCGCUGGAAGAACAGUUCGAAACGGGGAGAGAGGCGGCUGAAGCAGACGCAGACGCAGACGAAGCAGCAGAAGUAGAAGCAGACGCAGACGCAGACGAAGCAGCAGAAGUAGAAGCAGAAGCAGCUGAGGGAGAACAGAAGGGAAAAGAUAUGGACAAGAAACGGGCAUCGGCUAACCCGUACUCUGUGCAGAAUGGCUCUGCAGCGACGACGAACUCGAACACUUUCUCCUCGUCACGCGAGAGCUCGCGUCCUCCGCCGCUGUCCACGGCCCGGGUAGCAGCGUACCGUCCAGCAGCAGGGUCGUACAUCACCUCCCCAACCUCCGUAUACCCGCCAGCACAGCAUGCCCACCCACUGCAAACCGGCCGGUCGUACACGAUGCCGCACCAGCACUCACCCCCCGCCAGCGCCUACUUCCCAUCAUUUCAUGACCCUACCUCCCCUGCGCCAGACUCGGCACCCACCGACGACCCGGAACGGCAUUUCGCGUACUCGACUACGCUGAGGCGCCAUCCGACUGUAGAUGGGUACAUGCCCCUCCCACCUGCAGGGACAGGGGCAGGGGCAGGUCACGAGACCUGGGUAGAAACGGCGCAACGUUGGCUUGGGCGAGGUAUAGAACUCACGCGCAAAAUUGUUGGCCUCAGCAAGCCCGAGCCGGUAGAGCGCGCUCCCAAGUCCCACGAACCUACACCAGCAGCGAUCUUCUCCUCCCUUCCGUACACCGCCGCGCUACAAGAACACCGGUCUUCUCUCUCGACCGGGUUGUCCAAUGCGGCGGUCCACCUCCUGCGGCAGGAACACGGGUAUAAUGAGUUUGAAGUGCCUGAUGCCGACCCCAUGUGGCUCAAGUUCGCGAUGACGAUAUGGGAGAGUCACCUUAUCCUGCUCUUGUUGGGCAGUGCCGCGCUCAGCGCCCUCUUGGGAAACCUGGACGACGCAGCGAGCAUCAGCAUCGCCGUGCUUAUCGUAUUAACUGUCGGAUUCGUACAAGAACGCAGGUCGGAAGCGUCCCUCGCCGCGCUGUCCAAGCUGGUACCGCAUCACUGUCAUCUCCUGCGUGACUCUACCCCGCUCCACUUGCUCGCUAACGACCUCGUCCCUGGGGACGUCGUCUCCUUCUCCGUAGGAGAUCGUAUCCCCGCCGAUAUCCGACUCUGCGAAACCGUAGAACUAGAAGUGGACGAGAGCUCUCUAACAGGGGAGACGCGUGCGGUGCGCAAGUCUCCCGAUCCGGUCGAGCAAGGCACGGACCUCGCGGGCCGUACGAGCGUAGUCUACCUCGGUACACUCGUGCGGAACGGCCGUGGGCGAGGCGUCGUCGUCGGCACGGGCACGCAAACGGAGUUUGGGAGGAUAUUCGAGCUCAUGCAGAGUGUCGAGGAGAGGAGGACGCCGUUGCAGUUGAGCAUGGACGAUCUGGCUAAGAGGCUGAGUGUGUUUAGUUUUGGCGUGAUUGGAUUUAUCGUCUUGGUCGGAGUGUUGCAGAGCAGAGGCUGGCUGGAGAUGUUUACUAUCGGGGUGUCCCUGGCCGUGGCCGCUAUCCCGGAAGGCCUGCCAAUUGUAACUACCGUCACGCUAGCCCUGGGAGUUCUGCGCAUGAGCAACCGCAAAGCGAUCGUCAAGAAGCUCCCUAGUGUCGAAGCUCUGGGCAGCAUAAGCGUCGUUUGCUCGGAUAAGACUGGGACGCUCACGAAGAACGAGAUGACCGUCACGGAGAUUUAUACGGUUGACGAACUCACAAGCGUGUCAGAUAUCGCCGCUGCGGGGGUAGGACCAACGCAGCGCCUCUUGCCCGCUGUACACCAAACACUGCGCAUCGGCAGCUUGUGCAACAACGCUUUCCGCAAUGAGGAGGGCGUGUUCGUAGGCCAGAGCACGGAGGUCGCGUUGCUCAACGUGCUAGAGGCGUUUGGACUGGACGAUCCACGGAUGAACUUCCAGAGACUGUCAGAACGACCCUUCUCCUCCGAGCAGAAGUACAUGGCUGUCUCUGGUGCAUUUUCCUCCUCUGCAGACGCACGCGAGUGCCUCUACCUCAAAGGCUCGCUCGAGGCUGUCCUCUCCAGGUGCAAGACUUACUACGUUACUGAGGGCUCUACGCCCCCGCUGGACGCGAACAUGCACUCGAUCAUCCAUGCCAAGGCUGCUCAGGUCGCCCACCACGGCCUGAGGAUCGUCGCUAUGGCGUACGCGGUCGGGCCUGCCACCGCGGUAGACUUAGAUAACCCCGAACGGUGUGCGCUCACGUUCGCCGGGUUUCAGGGCAUGCUGGACCCUCCCCGGAAAGGCGUGAGCGAUGCCAUCUCCCUCCUCCGGCAGGGCGGGAUAAGAGUAGUGAUGAUCACCGGCGAUGCGGAGAACACUGCUACCUCCAUCGCGCGCCAGCUGGGGAUACCUGUUGGUGGAGGCCGGACGAGCGUUCUUACCGGUUCGGAGAUGGAUGAGAUGAGCGAGCGCUCGCUCAGUGAGAGGAUCACUAGUAUCACCGUUUUCGCCCGGACGACACCGAGGCAUAAGAUACGGAUCGUUCAGGCACUCCAGGAGAGGGGGCAGGUGGUGGCCAUGACUGGUGAUGGGGUGAACGAUGCUCCUGCGCUCAAGGGAGCGGAUAUUGGCGUAAGUAUGGGCAGGAGCGGGACGGACGUGGCUAAGGAGGCAGCGGACGUUAUACUCGUCGACGAUAAUUUCGCGACGAUCUUGCCUGCUGUCGAGGAGGGGAAAUCUAUCUUCCACAAUAUCCAAAACUUCCUCACUUUCCAGCUCUCGACCGCCGUUGCUGCCCUCACGCUCAUCACGCUAUCCACGACGUUCCACCUCGCCAACCCCCUGAACGCGAUGCAAAUCCUCUUCAUCAACAUCCUCAUGGACGGACCGCCUAGCCAGUCGCUCGGCGUCGACCCGGUAGACAAAGCGGUGAUGAAGAAGCCUCCGAGGGCGAAGGACGCGCCGAUCAUUACGCGCCGGUUGCUCGCGAGGGUGCUGUUCUCAGCAUCGAUGAUCGUUCUUGGGACGCUGUUUGUAUACAUGCAUGAGCUGAGCGACGGGCGCAUGUCCAAGCGUGAUCAAACGAUGACAUUCACAUCCUUCGUCUUCCUCGACUUGGUAUCCGCGAUCCAGAACCGCGGGCUCAAUUGCGGCCUCACACAGAACAAGAUGCUCCUCACGACGGUGUCCAUCUCCUUCCUCGUCCAGCUCACGCUCAUCUACGUCCCGGUAAUGCAAGCGAUCUUCCAGACCGAGAGUCUGCCGAAUCGGGAUAUGCUCACAUUGUUUGCUUUGGCUGGGACGUCGUUUGCCGUGCAUGAGGUCAGACGGAGGUAUGAGAGGAGGCUGAAUGAGGGAGUCGUCUAUUCCCCCAUGGACAUGGAGGACAUCGCUUGAUGCUAGCGUAGCGUAGCAUGUUCGUGCGUAUACGUAGAAGAAGGUAACAUAUUGGAUAAGUGUA